AACCAUGAGUCUUGAACCACUACAAUGCCUACCUGGCAGGAGUGGAAGCCAAACAAGAGCAUAUUCUGCUCACAAUUGCGGACAAUACUGAUCAGAAUGCAUCCAUGUUAGCCCGCAGAAUUCUUGAUAAACAUUUGGCUGAACAAAAUGGAGGAAAGAGUGUUCACAAGAGCACUGUGAGUAGCAUGAUGAAGGAUCCCAACCUGAUCGAUGACCCAGUCCUGGCCAGGGAAGUGUUUGAAUCUAUUGUGUGUGAUGACUACUAUGGACCCUAUGUGGAAAGUAUUAAGCGCUCUGUUGGCCAUGAAUAUGAAUUCAAGCUAACAAAGACUUUGGAUGAGCUCGGCCUGUCCUACAUUGAGGAAGACCAGAUGAGGGAGCGAGGCUAUGACAAAACUCCUGAUGUCAAACUGGAGAUUCCAAUUGCUGUCGAUGGACAUAUUGUGAACUGGGUAGAGAGCAAGGCAUCGUUUGGAGAUGAGAUGAGUCAUCGAGGUUACCUGAAGGACCAGUUCUGGGCCUACUGGAAUAGAUUUGGCCCUGGCAUGGUGAUCUACUGGUUUGGAUUUAUUGAGGAACUGGAUGUGAACCAGGACAAAGGAAUCAUUCUGAGAGACAGUUUCCCAGAAAACAUUGUUAAAAUGAAUCCUCUGCUCAAACAGGAAGUCACAGGGCAGGGAAAGUGAUGAGAGUUAUCUCCCUUACAAAAAUGUAACUGUGAUGAAUUGGUGUGACAAUUUAUUCUUAUACACUGAAUUGUUAAAUUUGAUGAAGUACAGAAAUAUAAUGAAAAUUUAUUUGUCCAGAUGUUCUGUAAAUAAGCCCAAACAAGUUGACUUCACAACAAGGGGAGAAGGAAAGUUGUUUUGUAACAUAACUGAAAACAUACUUUGUAAAUGAAGUGAAAAUAGUAUUUGCAAAACA